AUGGGCAAGGGCCUAAAAAACCGCUUUGCCGCUUUUAUUGAAACCGACGACAACGAUGACAGCGGCGGUGGUGUUCUGCUUCGCGAUUUCGACGAUGAUAGCCACACCAGCAAUGGUGGCGGCGUCUCGACGCCCAUGGGCAGCAACAGCACCAUCUCUUCUGGCCACGAGUGCGCUACCGUUCCGCGGAAGAAUCCUUCGACCACUUCCUUCAACAGGCCGGCCACGGCAGGCCGUCGCAACACGAUCGCGCCUAUCGGUACUGGGCGUUACACCGAGUACACCGCCAACACUGGCGGCGGUGCCGCACUCAAUGCCCCCGUUGAUGCUCCGCAGAAUAGCUAUCCGCAAAUGACCCAGGCCCAGGCCAUGCAGUUCGGUUACACGCAGGGUCUGAACGCCGCGGCGAACAACAUGACUCCGGCGGGAACCACGCGCGAGCAUCGGUCGCCUGCUAAUGCCAUGGGUCACUCUUGGGGCAGUACGCCUACCUACAACUCCGCCGGCAACGCAUACACUCCGCAGACCACUGGUCAUGGCAGUGCUCAGGGAACUGCGCUGGGCGCCAACUUCCCUUUUCCCGACACGAAUUCCACCCCGUCGCACAUGUCAAAGAAGUUUGGCCAGGAUGCCAUGGCCACUCCUCAGUCUGAGUCUAUCUACAACCAAUAUAACCAGACUGAGCCUCGCAACUUUGCGCCGCGCGGUGGGUCUUUGUUCAUGCCGCCGCCCCCAGCGUUCAACCUGGGCCGUCAGGGGGCCACUAAGAAGCAUGAGGAGCUCCAAUAUCCGGCACCGGAUUGCGACCCCUUCAUGUCACCUCCGUCCAAGGGCACCAAUGGCCAUGCUAUUUCUCAAGCACUUGUCCUCUCGUCGGUCCCUGAGAAUAACCAGGUGGCCUCGGCUCCGGGUGCCUACCAGGACUAUUACUGUCCGGUUCCCGCUGAGAUCCGUGCCGUGCGCUCGACACAGCUCAACCGGCUCACCGAAGGCCCCACGGGUAUGCCAACCCAAGAGGUCGCUCUCAGUCCCGAGAGCUUCCCUUUCAUGGAGACUACGACCCAGGCUGCACCUGUUGGCCAUGGCGUGGUCAAGAUUAGAAACAUUCCCUUCGGUACCAAGCGCGCUGAGAUCAUCGCCUUCCUCGGCCGUAACUCCAAGAUCCUGAACGAUAACCAGGAGCCGGUCCACAUCAUCAUGGAGCGGGUCUCCUCCAAGACCCAGGACUGCUACGUCGAGUUCAUGACGACCCAGGAUGCCGUGAGGGCUGUGGAUCGCCAUCGCGACAAUAUCCAAAAGGGCCGUCCUUCCCGCCUGGGCGAGCGCCCCAUUGAGUUGCUGUUGUCGAGCCAGGCUGCCCUCAUGAUGGACCUGUUCCCUCUUGCUUCUGGUGUCUGGUGGGACAAUGCCAAGCCGGUCAUCCAAGCGCCCAUUGACGGACAGCCGUGGAAGACGUUCAAGGGUUUCGUUACGGAGGAGGAGAUGACCAUGCUGGUCAAGCACGUCGAGAUUCCGCAGCGGUCCCCUUACUCCAAGGAGUGCCCCCAGCGCCCCUACGAGUGCAUGAUCUCCACCAUCAAGAAGCUGCCCUGGUACAUGGCAGACCGUAUCACGCUCCGCCAGCGUUACGCCAUCUACGCGGCCACGGUGAAGCUCAUCACUCUCCUCCAACAAGCCCUGCACCGCGACCACAACCGCAACCACGAGACCGUGAUCAACAAGCAGCUGAUGAAGCGCCUCGUCACCGCCGCCAUGCUAUGCCCGGGCUUCUCGGUCGUGCAGAAGGACAACAUUGCCACGCUCGCCGAGAUGGACCAGGACCAGGCCCGCAUGUUCAACCAACCGCGCUUUGCCGAGCAGUGGGUGCACCUGCACGGCGUCUGCCCCAAGCCGGGUACGCCGCUGGACAUGCUGGAGUGGUACAUCGCCAUCGUGCGCGAGGAGACCACGCGGUACAUCCACCGCAAGCACAUUGUCGAGCGCAACGAGAUCCAGCGCGCCAGCUGCUACACCUCGCUCUACUUCGGCUACAUCUGGUACGAGAUUGGCCUGCCCGCCGGCAAGGAGCUGGACAACCUGAGCCUGCACGAGGUGGCACGCUGCGAGUUGGCCGUCAUUGAGCGUGCUAUCCGUCGGGCUCUGCCGUCUGCUGGUGCCCAUGAGCAGUAG